AAAUUGUGUUUUUAGAGAAAAAUACUCUCAGAGUAAUUAUUACACUUUCGAAAUUCCGUAUCUACACGCCGUGAGGAGAGGGAGUAGUACGGACCUUAUGUAACAGAUAAUUUGACGCCUAAUUCUGCGGUGGGCCGAUCCAUUCAUUCAUUCAAUCACGGCGAACUAAUCCGCAGUAUAUCGAAACGGCGAUGCCUCCCGCCGAUCGAGAGAGAGGUACACCUGUUCUCUCGAUUUCCUCUCCAAAUUCCUCAUUCCUUUCUUCCUUCGAUCGAUCACAUUCACAUGUAUUCGCUUUUGGAGGCUCUGCGUGCGUAGGUCCAUUUCCAAAAUGGCGAAUUACCAGAAGCUCGAAACAGAGGCUAAUGAUCGCGAUCUGAAAUCCUGCGCUCCUCCUCCGCCUGCGGAGACGGUACCGUUGGGAUGGCCGGCGGUCGGAGAGCCUACCACGAUGCAGAAGACGCCGUGGCAGACCGGAAUCCUAUCCUGUUUAGGAAACGGCCACGAGUUCUACAGCAGCGAUCUCGAAGUUUGUGUGGUUGGCGUUGCUGCACCCUGCGUCCUUCAUGGAAGCAACGCGGAGAGAAUCGGCGUCGGUUCCAGCUCCGGUUCAUUUGCUAGCCACUGCUUGCCUUACACAGGCCUUUGCAUACUCGGCAAUUGCCUCUUCGGCUGGAACUGCCUCGCGCCAUGGUUCUCCUACCACAACCGCACCGCCAUUCGCCACAAGUUUAAUCUCCAGGGGAAUUGUGAGGUAGUCGGGCAGACGUGCGGCUGCUGCGGAGGCUCGGCAAUGGACGAGGUUCGGCAGGAACAGUGCGAGACAGCUUGCGAUUUCGCAACCCAUGUUUUCUGCCAUGCUUGCGCAAUCUGCCAGGAAGCUCGCGAGGUUCGUUAUCGACUGCCUUAUCCUCAUUCUCAGAACAACAUUCAAGGAACACCGGUAGUGCUCAUGAUCCCACCGGCCGGACAGACCAUGGGCAACACAAGGACACCUUGAAUCGUUAAAUGCCGGGCUAUUGUCGCCUCUACUUCCCGAUCGCAUAUUCUAAGUCCAACUGUAUAUAAAGUACAAAACUACCCGACUUUUUGAAGUGUAUAAGGAUAACUGUAGCAUCAAAUUUACCUAAUGCCGAGCAUCAUUCUAUGGUA